CUUAACCUGAAAAAGGUUUCAUUUAAUUUGAAAAAAGUUUCAUUUAAACUGAAAAUGCUAUAUAAAUGAAUGUUUACUUCAAAACCGAUCAUCAUCACUACUUCAAUGACGAUGGUUAUAUCAUCGGUGACUACGGCGAGUUUAAGGGCAUGAAACGUUUUGAUUGCCGUAAACGCAUACUAGAAAAACUAAAAGAACUGGGCUUGUAUCGCGAGACCGUCAAUAAUCCUAUGGUCGUGCACUUCUACAGUCAUUCCAAGGAUGUAGUUGAACCCAUGAUUAAGCCACAAUGGUACGUGAAAUGUGAUCAGCUGGCUGCCGAUGCCACUGAAGCUGUCCGGGAGGGGUAUUUGAAAAUUACACCAGAUCAUCACACAAAAAUCUGGUUCCCCUGGAUGGAGGGUAUACGCGACUGGUGUGUGUCGCGUCAGUCUCAGCAAAAUAGUCUUGCAUCAACAACCAGAGCUCAGUACGUCAUAGUUAUUUUUCUUCCCUGUUUUUGGAAGCUAGUGCAAUGAGUGGUCAAACCGUUGAAGAAUUUCUUAAAACUGCGCGUUAAAUAUGUAUUAUUAUAUUUUCAUUUAUCCACUUAGUUAAGUUUAACUAUAACGAAGCAAAAUGAUGUGCAAAAACAAGUAAUUGCUAUUAAAUCUAAGUAAAAAAAUUAUACAAUUUAAAUGGUAAUUAUUA